UCAGCUCUCAUUCAUGCACCCGCUCGCACACUCUUCAAACUCACACACAGACCUUCCUUCAGACACGCUUGCCUCAAACCUGCUCAGCUGCUGUGGGUGGGAGUACAAUCAAAACACAGCUUCUGACCACGCAAACUCCUGUCUCCUUCUGACCGAGCCAUGCUCCUCCAUCUGUAGGACGGGAGCGCUUCACACUGUGUACAGGGGCAGUAGAGAGAAGCUCCCCGACCCGGACCCCGUCCCAAAUACAGCAGCAGAUGUGACUGAGAAGGAGAGGCGGAGAGAGAAACACAAUCUGUCCCCCCCCUCCUCCCCGUCCCGUCUUCAAGAACAAUACCCUGCCUUCAGCUGGAGAGGGUCAGCUUUUGUCCUUCUCCCCGGGCUGCAGCUCAACUGAAGAGCAGACAGACGCGCUGACAGGUUGACCCGCUGCAGCGAAGAGGAGAGGACGCGGCAAAGCAGCCCGCUGCACUCCACUCCGCUUUGAUUCAGUACUUGGACAGUUCCCGAGCAACAACUGGAGAGAGCGUGUUUUCAGCAGACUGUGGAGCGUCUGGCUCAUGAGGGACUAAAGAUCACAUCUCACUUGCAGAUUAAAAAAGAAAAAAAAAAACAAAAGAAAAACCCCCUGAGAUGCAGACACCAUGUUCACUCAAGCUCGACCUCAGUGGUCCUUCUCCAACCCUGGGAUCGGAGGGAAGCACCGCCACCGGCAGCUUCCUGCAGCUGGGAGAGAAGCAGCUCUUUGAGAAGUUUUGGAAAGGGACUUUCAAGGCUGUGGCCACACCGAGACCGGAGAGCGUUAUUGUGGCGAGCAUCACCGCCCGCCGCAGGGUGACUGGCUCAGAAACAACAACAUCCUACCAGCCGCUGCAGACAGACGACCGGAAAGCCGCUGACACGCGGGUGGACAGCGCAGACAGGAACGGCUGCAUCAAAGGAAGCGGACGUAAACACCACAGCCACCGCAGGGCCAGAAUCCCGUCCUUUGAUGGCGUCCUCUCCCCUCGGGCCAAAGGGAAGAAGAAGAAGAGAAAGUCUGAGCGGAAGAGAAAAAGAAGAAGGUCUCCUUCACACAGUCUGUCACCACUGAGGAAGAAGAAAAAGAAGAAGAAGAAGAGCUCCAAGAAAAGCAAGCGCCAUAGGUAUACCUCUAAGAAGUCAAAACACAGCUCUUCACGUUUAAAACGUAAGAGGAAGGAUGAACGCAAGCACAAGAAAAGUUCACGGACUCGCUCGCGUCGGAGGCGGCGCUACAGGAGGUCGGAGUCGUACGCUUCCUCCUCCAGAUCCUUCACGGAGGACAGACACCUGCAGAAGUCUGUGGUUCAUCAGGCUUUCAGAGCCACCGGAGGAACCCGAGCAGCGCUGAAACCCACCGAAGCAAAGUGGAGACAUGCAUCUAAAUCUGUGUGUAAAACGGCUCCUAAAUAUCGCUCCAUCCUCUCAGCGGGCACCAUUUUGUCGUUGAAGCCUGGAAGCGAGCUCUUAAAUGGGAAAGGAGCUCAGGAUUUUUCGAGUCACGCCGAAGGUACACGCGACUACGACUCUGGUAACGACACAUCCUCACCUCCGUCGAGCAAAACUGGUGUUUCUCGAGCAAGUGUCGCUGAAAACCAGAGGACCUGCUGUCAACGUCUUACCUCGCCUCUGGAGAAGCAACGCUGUGCUGACAGAGACAACGGCUCCGAUUCAGGGAACUCUGUGACAAGCUACGCCUCCUCAUGCAAACCCUACAGGGAAGGUGGCUUCUCUGCUGCCAUUUUCAGUGGAAACAGCAAGAGUGGGCAGAUAACCUUGGGGUGUGAGGAAGAAGUGGUGAGAUGCACGAAGGCAGCCCGAUGUGCGCGGAGGAGGAGCAGGUCGUCUCGAAAGCGGCGGAAAACGUUGUCCUCCUCCACCAGUCGGAGCAGAUCUUCAGGGACUUCCAGGUACUCUGGACGCUAUUCUCGAAGCCCUUCGCUGUCUUCUUGCAGCUCGUACUCUCGUUCCCUGAGCAACUCAUCAGAUGUGAGGCGAAGGGGCAGCUUGGUCAGCCUGAGCUCCAGAGGAAGCUACUCCAAACACAGUGCUGAUAGACUGCGAGACAGAAAGCGGCAGUCCAGUUCCAGAGAGACGAAUCUGAAGCACAUGCAUAAGGUUAGUGGAAAGAGACGAAGACGCAAGUCCUACUCUCCUAUGAGGAAGAGGAGGAGAGACUCUCCAAGCCAUCUGGAAGCACGCCGCAUCACAAGUGCCAGGAAGCGACCCAUCCCUUACUUCAGACCCAGCCCUUCCUCCAGCAGCCGCUCCACCAGCGUGUCGUCGUGGAGCAGCCUCUUCACACGAAGCCGCAGUCGCAGUCCGAUCCACAGCGUGAGCCGCAGUCGCAGCCGCAGUCGCAGUCGCAGCUACUCUUCCUACAGGAGCUACAGCCGGAGCUCAUCGUGGAACUCCAUCUUUGGGUCCCGCAGUCGCAGCCGCAGUCGGGGUUCUUUGAAGAAGCGAAGGAAAGCCCGGCGUUAAUGUUUUUCUGUGCAGAGACAGAAACUACAUCUGUAUUGGUGGUCAGGACAGAAGCUGUAGGGGCUGAUGACUUGGACUAAAAUAUCCCAGCAUUUCUUCAAGGCCAUCUCUCAUUGAGAUAUUUCUAAAACGUUUUUACUUUUUGUUCCUCUUGCACCAACAAGAGAAGUUGCAUUUCCAUAUUUGUCAAACCAACGUCCAUGUUGAAUACAUCCAACUGAGAUGCAAGUUUGUGCACUUCUCACUAAUUUGUGUGUCUUAAUGCUUAAAAUUAACUUAAUAUGUUAUUAUGUAGUAAUGUGGGAAAAACAACAUUUAGUUUAAAACCAGGCCCAUGAAGCACUGAAAUUACUUUUCCCAUUUAGUUUAUGCCCUGAUGUUUAGCAGGGCAGCAAACACAAACUGUUGUGUCGAGUCUUUGUGACACUGAUUUUACACCAACAGAUGAAGUACAGGGGUAACAUUUAAGCUGUUUGAUCCCGGCGCUCACAGGCGGCUUCACAGGGAUCGUUAUCAGGAAUCAGCGAAAGGCUUCUGGCUCUGAUCUCAACACUUCACAAGGCGGAGAACAAGCAUGUUUCCUCGGCGUAGGUGGGCAAACGGCCUGUCAGCUUAAAUGUCACUUUAAUUUCUCCUCUGAUCAAGUGGAAAACAAUUUAAAAUCUGUCUAAAGUACAUCAGCGAUCAUAUUUUCAUGGAAUUGCGGGAAGUUUUUCCCUCAACAACUAUUUCUUCCUCUUGAUCCUUUUCAGUUUUUGUCAGAUUACAACCCGAAACAUGAAUGUAUUUCAUUGGGAUGAGCAGUUGGGACAGACCAAAACAAAGCAGCACAUAAUAGUGAAGUUUAGGGAGGCAUAAUAUUGACAUCCGUAUCAGCUGAUGUUAGUCAUUUUUUAACACGUCGACAUGAAGUCCAAUAUGUAAAGCUGAUAUCAACAGCUGAAAAUCUGUAGCCUUUUGCAGACUCUACCAGAUUUUGUGGAAGAUUCUCCUGGAUUUACUGAUCAGCUGUCUUGUCCCUGCCGUAGAUUAGCCUUACCACAGCAUUACACUACCAGCGUCAUGCUUCGUCAUAGGCACAGUGCGUUCCAGAGGAAUAGCAGUGUUAGUUUUCUGCCACAGAUAGUGUUUUACACAUAGGACUGAAAGAUCAGUUUUGAUCUCAUCACAUCUGCUACAUGUUUACUGUAUCCUCUACAUGACUUGUACUUACUGCAAGGUGGAUUGUCUUUUUUGUUUUUGUUUUUUAUUAGUAGCUUCCUUCUUGCAUAAAGGCCAGAUUAGAGAAUUACUAUUUGUCCUAUCAAAAGGCCUCAUAUCUGAGCAGUGGAUCCCUGCAGCUCCUCCCGAGUUACCAUUUGCCUCUUCCCUGCUUCUUGUGUGUUUGAUGUUCAGGUCUUGUUAGAUUUACAGUUUUCACACACUCUCUUCUCUUUCAGAUAAAUGUGUUCCUUCCUUUGCCUUCACGAUGCCGUUUGUCUCCAUGUUUUCACAGAGCAGCUGCAGUUUGACUAAGAUUCAUUUAAACACACCUGCACUGUUUACAAAUUAUGAAAAUACUCAACCACCUGGUUAUAGCAGAUUUUUUAGGAUUAUCAGAGGAUUUGUCAAAACUUUUUAAAAGCAUAAAUAUUGUUUCCGCUGACGUGACUAUUGUGUGCCUCUGUGGGUUGGUCUUUCCGUUAAAAUCUCAAUAUACUGACGUUUGUUUGUAAAAUGACAAACACUGUACAAGCUCAAAGAGUGUGAUUUCUUUUGGAUGUCUCUGUACUAUGUUUAAAUGACUUUCACUCAUGCUCACACUUAACUAAAUAAAUACAUAUUUUUAUUAAUUUUAGUUUUUAAUCAGGUAAAUGAUGAUUUAACUGAUGUCCAACACAGAUACUUUAUUUCCUUUAAUAUUUAUACAAGACUGAAACAAACAUUAGCAAACAUACUUAUAACUUGUUUAAAAUGUAUCAGUUCUCUGUUCUUUUCUGUAGUUGUCAAAUAUUGUGUGUAUUGCUGUUAUCUCUUAUUUAUUUUCUUUUACAACUGUAACACAUUUUGUCUGUAAAAUUUUAUUUUAUAUAUAUAUAUAUAUAUAUGCAAAGGUUUAUUAGAUGUCCAGCAAACUCGGUAAAACAAACUGUUGAAUUAAUUUUAGAACGGAAAAUAUUUGCAGUUUUGGGUUGACUUCAGUUUUUCAAAAUAAAUUUUGACUCCCUAAUUGUUGAGAACAUCAAAAUAAUCUUCUGUAGAGUAAAAUCCCACAUUCAGUGGCAUUUUAAUUCAUUAAUUCUAAAAUGUUAUAUAUUUAUUGACAUUUCAAUUUUAAACUUAUCUUUUCCCCAUUUGUGUUAUGAGCUUGCAAAUUAAGCUAGGAAGAGAAUACAGUAACUACAUCUGAAAACGAAGCUGACAAUGAUUACAUUUGAAGAGUCUGCUGCAGCACUUAACGUUUGUUCACCUAUUAGAAUUAUUGAGAAUGCAAAGGGUAAUUAUUGGGAAAUAUUUUGGGUUUUUUGCUGAUGCUCCUGACUUUAACAUGAGGCUCAGCAACCUUUUCAAUCCGAGCCGUUCUUUGUGUCUUCUACAGUAUAACAUCACAUCCAGGGUUUCUCAUUUCCUUGACAAAGUCGCUUCAUUAUCUCAAGAUAUUUUUACUGUACUUUCAUAGACCAGCUGCUCAUUAGACCAUAUAUUUUGACCAGCUCGAAGAAAACAGGCUAUUUUCUCCAAAAUGUCACACUGUUCCUUCAAAGUUAAUUUCAUGGCAGCUCCAACUCCAAAACAGCUUUUGCUUAUAAUUAAGGGUCAUGUUUCUUAAUGGUUUCAGAUCCUUCAUCCUGUCUGUGUUGCUGCUCCAGGCCUGAACGACUGCUGCUCUCUAUGCACUCAACUCUCUCAGCUUAUUUCCCUAAAUGUCAGCUAAAUUGGACAAAUGAGGGAAAUGUGCUGCUGGAAGAGAAAAGACGUUGGUGCCAAAAAUAUAAUCCAUAUACCACAAGCUGAUGGUGGCAGAUGUGAACCUGUAUGCUGGGGAGAAGAUUUGCACAGUUGUGUUGAUAAACUUAGACAGCCAGCGAUGCCCUCUCUCUGAGUCCUUGUGCAGACAGGAGUUUGAAUAUGUAAUUACCGUGUUGUAAAUAGGCACCUGGACUGUGUAAAUAAUACAAAAUGUGUUUUUUUUUUAUUUACAGCACACAAUUGGAGGCAUAUUGUAAACAUUCAGAAUACAGUGCAUCAACAAGUGACAAUUUAAAUGUAUUUAAAUAUGAUUUGGGGUAUUAAAAAAAAGCAUAAGCAAGCUCUUAUAGCAAUAGUGAUUCAUUGUGAAAUUAUGCAUUUUUAUUAUCGUUUUCAAUAUCUACAAACAUAAUGCAAAAUCAUAUAUUUUUUGUACUGCAUGUGUGUCAAUGUAAAGUCCAUAUUGUAAUAAAGUGUCAACUGGAACCUCAGCAUAACAUACA